AUGUUUUUUCUCAAGUUCUUCGGUUGCUUUUCAAUCUCCGAUAAAGUGGCCGACUGUGCUAGCGAAGAUGGUGGUGGAUGCUGUACUAGCACCACCGCUGUCAACACCAAAGAUACUUGUCGUGUAACUUGUGUGAAGAAGUUUUCAUGGGAGGAGAUAAGGAAACGGAGCAGGAAUUUCUCAAGGGUCAUCGGCUCCGGAGGGUUUAGCACCGUGUAUCUAGCUAGACUACCGGACUCCGGCUUAACUGCUGUCAAGAUCCAAUCGGCUUGCACCGAGAGGCUAGCCGGGAUUCACGACCAAGAGCUUCGAAUCUUGCUCCGACUAAAACACCCGAACAUCGUGAAGCUUCUUGGACACUGUGACGAUAGAGAAGAAGAGCGUGUUCUCUUGUUUGAGUAUGCAUCGAAUGGUACAUUACAUGAUAAACUUCACGUAAGCAGCAGCGUAACGCUGACAUGGAAAGUCAGAAAGUUGAUCGCUUUACAGCUUGCUGAAGCUUUAGAAUAUCUACAUGGGAUGCAUAUUAUUCAUGGAGAUAUCAAGGCUUCUAAUAUACUUUUAGAUGAACAGCUAAACUGCAAACUUUGCGAUUUUGGGUCAGCUAAACUAGGGUUUACUUCCAUGGUUUUACCUCCAUCAUCGACGAAAAUGAAGAGAAUGAUAACGGGGUCGCAAGGUUACAUGGAUCCACAUUAUCUUAAAACGGGAUUAGUUUCAAAGAAGAACGAUGUUUACAGCUACGGAGUUGUACUCCUUGAACUUGUUACGGGGAGAGAAGCAUUUAACUUGGAGAAGGGUGAGAAGUUAACGGAUGUUAUUGGUCCGGUGGUGUGUGGGGUGGUGGGAGUGGAGGAGGUGGUGGAUCCACUGCUGAGAUACGAUGAGAGCUUGGAUUUGGAAGAGUUGAGGGCUAUGGUUACAUUGGCUGAGAUGUGUAUUGGGAGUUCACCCAUGGUUAGACCUUCUGCAAGUGAGAUUGUAGUAUCCAUGAAGAACAAUUUUUAA